AUGUUCGUUCCAUUUAUCAGUCUCUUCGUCACCUUGACGUUCCUCGGUGCUCGAUUCAAAUUAUCAGGAAUGAAGGAACUCACUGACCGCCGCGAGCCUCUCUUUAUGCGCAUAUCAAGCGCCGUAUGCAUAGCGUCAGAGGCAAAUGCAAUCCUCGACAUUGCACAAGUUACCACAUGGGUAUACAAGACAACAACUCUUCCCAACGAUCUUUGGAUCUACAACUUGGACAAUCUCUGGUGCCCCAUCAGUCGAGCAGACUUGAUCAUCGAGAGGGGACUCAUAGUGAUCAACAAUACGGAGACAUCGCUCAUCGAUCUUUACCCCAUAUGCUAUGAGGAAGACAAACCCAGCUGGUGGAACGAUGUCCACGUCGACCGAAACACUGACGAAAAUGCUUCAAUGACCGUACCUUCUUUCAAAGAGUUCCUAGGCAUCGUCAUCGCCAUUUCCUGUAUAUUAUUACACAGCUGGACUCGCAUCACCUCGUGGGGACGCUCUGCAAAAGGUUCCCGUCUCGGAACGCCUUCCGAGGCAUCUGACGGCAGUGAUGAGGAUACGCCGACCUCUAUUCAGAUGCAUCCUAAAGUGGAGAAAGCGAUCUCACGCAAUCAACACAGCCGAACAUUCGGUGUGCAACCCUCAGACCUCACUAUCGCUGCUGAAGACCCGGAAGCCAGCCCUGUCAGCGCUGACAACAACUUCGCACAACCUGCUCCCGAAGCCCGCUGCUUACUAGAGCAACAAUGGGCGCUAGAUCUGUACCGACCUCAAAACCGUACCCCAGCUCUGAUAAUCCGUGCUUUGGUCGCCAGUCCAGCUGUACAUACUGCUCAACUCGCACCUAGCCAACCAGACUCUCCUGCACCUGCGCAACCUGGACGUAGUAGUGAAUCCCGACCUUCCCAACUAGAACAAGACCAACUAGAAAGACCAAACAAGAAACGCAAGAAGAACCGCCCCAGUCAAGGAAAGAGAGAGCGCUGGUCGCAGAAACGUCAAAGGAGGUGGGAAUCAAGGGAAAGGGUCAGAGAAGACGCAGAAGAGAGAGUGAGAUAA